GAUCCAAUCACUACUACCUUGAAUGCGAGGAUGCUCCUGCCAUUCUGCUAGAGAUCAAGUAUCUUUCUUACCUAUAGAGGUAGAGUUUUCCCUUGCAAUGAGCAUAAUAUCUCCUUCCUUCUCCUUCUCUUUCUCUUCCUCUUGACUUUAUCCCUAUUGGUUCUGCUCUUUAUUUCAGUAAAUUCUGGGGGACUACUAUUCGUUAUGGACGAGAAGUCUGGUCACAGUCCUGUGGCAAGUCAGCCUGAAGAGUCCGCGGGUUAUGGCGAAAAAGCUCUUCCAAACUACAAUGGCAAUGAUGUUCAAACAGAAGGGCUUAUAUCCGAAGAUUUCGAUGGUCUCAAACGAGAACUUUCGGGAAGACAAAUUCAAAUGGUAACCAUUGGUGGUUCAAUUGGUACAGCUUUGUUCGUAUCCAUUGGUUCGGGGCUUACACAAGGUGGACCGGCAUCUCUAUUCAUUGCUUUCAUCUUAUACAGUUGUUUCCUUGGAUUGGUCAAUAACUGUAUGGCUGAGAUGUCGGUCUUCAUGCCGGUUAGUGGGAGUUUUGUGAGGAUGGGUAGUAAAUGGGUUGACGAAGCCUUUGGGUUUAUGCUGGGGUGGAAUUUCUUCCUUUAUGAGGCUAUAUUGAUUCCAUGGGAGAUUAGCGCAUUGAAUUUAGUGUUGACUUUUUGGAGUGAUAAUAUACCCUUAGCAGCAAUCUGUGCUGGGUGCAUAUUUCUCUAUGGUGUCAUCAACAUUUUUGCUGUUAAAUGGUAUGGAGAAAGUGAGUUUUGGCUGUCUGGUGGCAAGGUAGUGUUGAUCGCUAUGAUAUUUUCCUUCACAUUUAUCACAAUGGUCGGAGGAAAUCCAAAACACGAUGCAUAUGGAUUCCGUUAUUGGAAAGAACCUGGUGCAUUUGCCGAAUACGUCACCACGGGAUCUUUGGGUAGAUUUGAAGGAUUUCUUGCCGCAUUAUGGAAAGCCGCGUUCACUAUUGUUGGGCCUGAAUACAUUGCUAUGAUGUCGGGUGAAGCCGCGCACCCCCGCAAGAACCUCAAGCGAGCUUUCAAGACGAUCUACUGGAGAUUUGGAGUCUUCUUUAUUGGAGGAGCUCUAGCAUGCGGAAUAGUAAUUCCAUACAACGAUAAGAAACUAAUUGCUUACCUUUCGGCUGGUGGCUCGGAGACUGGAACUGCGGCUUCAAGUCCCUACGUUAUUGCUAUGCAAAAUAUGGGAAUUGGUGUACUUCCGCAUAUUACAAAUGCAUUACUUGUGACAAGUAUCUUUUCCGCUGGUAAUUCCUAUGUUUAUUGCGCAUGUCGUACAUUAUACAGCCUCUCGCUCGAUGGGCACGCCCCACGUUUCCUCCGCAAAUGCACCAAGUCCGGUGUUCCCAUCUACUGCUUUUGCGUCACCAUGAUAUUUCCCUUUUUGAGUUUCCUUGCUGUGGGCAGCAGUUCGUCUCAAGUCAUCACGUGGCUUGCAAAUCUUACCGAAGCCUCGCAAAUCAUAGACUACAUUUGCAUGUGUACUAUCUACAUAUUCUUCUUUCGAGCAUUGAAGACACAGGGUAUUGAUAGAAGUACUCUGCCCUAUGUAGGUUGGUAUCAACCUUAUUGUGCCUGGGCGGGACUUGUGGCAAUGAUUCUCACAGUGGGGUGUUAUGGAUACACUACAUUUUUGCCAGGAUGGUGGGAUACCGGAACAUUUUUCUCUUACUACACCAUGGUAUUCGUCUGUCCAUUGCUUUACGGGGGAUGGAAAAUCAUCAAGAAGACCAAAGUUGUGAAGCCAGAAGAGGCGGAUCUUGUAUGGGAAAGACCUAUCAUCGAUGCGUACGAAGCGUCUGUGGCUGAAAAACACAUAUCGUUCUGGGAGGAAGUGAAAAUUAUGAUGGGAUUCGGAAAGAAAGAAAUGCAUGUGGAAUAAUGAAUGAAUGAUAGUGAGGGUACACAGUCCAGGAUCAUCGCCCUAGAAAAAAAGUACUGCCAGUGGAAUCUUAUUCCCUUUCACGAUAUUCCUAGGGAAUCACUAUUUCUCGAGUACCUCUUGACGAAGAAUAAAUGACCGAGAAUACUCUGCUUGAGAUAGGCCAUCAAUGCAAAUAUGAGAUGAUGCCGUAGGCUGAGUUGGGAGAUCUAGGUACUAUUGAGAUUGUCUCAACCAUAGUGAGUUUAGUGAAAAGUAAUGUCUCUCUCACUGAUUUUUCAUCCCAAUACAAAUUCAUCAAGCAUAAGUUUCAAGCGGCUCAUUUCCUACUGUCGACUGCUUCUCGGUCAACAGCUGAUGGAUCUCAGAAUCCAAAUUCUUCGACCUCAGGGUUAAAAACAGCAUCUUCUUUCCCGUUUCAAGAAUAUCUUUGGAAUUUUACAUGCUCGCAAUACCCUCCUCACCCUUUCCCCAAAACUCAGGAAACGAUAUCUUCCUGCAGAGUUCCUGAAAGCAACCUAAUUACUUCUAGAGAAUUAAUACUGGUUUCCAAAAGGUUGAUUUCUCAUACUCGAUGUCCGAAUCGAAUUCCUUCCGAUAAUUUAUAAUUACUUUUACAUGCAAUACGUGUUGAUGGAUUCUUUGAGAAGCUUUCAUGGAAGCUAGUGGUUAAUAUUCGUCUAGGGUAGCGGGGACGGCAUUGUCGCUGGGCUUGGGUAGUUCACCUUCCGCUUUGUGUGACGGAUCGCUGAGGAGGUUGGAAGGGAUCUCGUCAUUCCGCGAAGCGAAUACGGAGUAGAAUGGAUGCUAAUCAUCGUCGAUGGGGCUUUUGAACUCGAAACAAAUGAACCCAGAGGUAUUUGUGAGGAUAAUAUCUUGAAGAUGGUCAUGUACAUACCUUUACGUCAAACAAAAAUGGCAUGUUUGAAUCUUGCUAGUUAAUAUUCUAGGCGA